UUGGUUGAAUGUGGUAAAGUUCUUUCAUGUUGAACAAAAAUAGAGAUUUGUGAAUCUUGAAAAAUUUCUAGCUUUCAAAAGAAGAGGUUUCUUCUUCCUACUUUCUUCGACCAGAGACUUUGGUUCAUGAUGUCUAUCUACAUGGGGUCAAAAAGAAAACGAAUGAAAUUUCAAGAUGAAAUAGAAUGGAUGGGCAGAAGAAGGAGUUCUAGAAUCAUUGCUUUGGAAGAAAAAAAGCUCAAGGAAAGAGAAAGGAAACUAGCGUUGGCAUUGGAAAGGAAGAACAAGUCAAUGAAUCAUGACAAACAAAAAGGAAAGGCAACAAUUGAAGUACAAGAUGACUUGAGGGAUUUUAGUGAGCAUGAAGAGGGUUCAACCAAGAAAGGACACAAAAGCAAAGAAUUUUAUCAACUGAUCUCUUCAAUCAAGGAAUUAGAAAGACACUCUGAGAAUGUAAGCACUUCAGGAUCAAAUGACUCAUCUUUAAAUGGUGUGUCACUAAAGAACAUCCUUCAAAUAAUCAUAGAUUUCCUACAAAGGGAAGACCCAAAUGAGCUACUUGCUCAACCAAUUAGUUUUGAUGUGGUGGAAAAUUACUACGAAAUUGUGAAGCAACCAAUGGAUUUCGGUACCAUAAGGGCAAAAAUUCACGAGAGCUUGUACACAAAUCUCGAACAGUUCAAGCGUGAUGUCUUUCUAAUGCUCUCCAAUGCAACGGAUGUCUAUCCAACAACCUCAAAAUAUCACCAAGUGGCUGAAAAUAUUAGCAGGGAUGCUAAGUGCGUUUUUGAGGCUCUUGCUGAGCCUCAAAAUUUUGAUUCAGAACUUUCCCUAGACAAGACAUGCCCAACUAGAAAGCCACAAAAUGGGAAACUUGGAACCUCACGGAGGGUUUCUCCAAAAGUUGCUAAGAGAAAAAAUGUUACUCAUGUUAUGGUACCUGAAAUAGAAAAGAGGCAUAUGUAUUGGCCAACAAGCAAGCCACUGAUUUCAGAGGUUCUGUGUGCUAGCAAUCCUAAUAUUCAAUUGAAGACAAAUUCAAUUAAGUACAAAGAAAGUCUGUUACGGUUUGUACAAGAUUUGGGACCAACGGCUAAAAGGGUUGCGGCGAAAAAACUAGAAGCACUAAGGGAUCAACAACUAUGCAAUGUUGACACUCCAACUCCACAAACACAGCCUACAGUUCUCAAUGCUCAGACACUUGCUUUAGCCAUUCCCUUUCUCAAUAGGUCACUCACCACCAUUCCUGGCUCUGCAGCUCAGGGAAACAAAAUUUUCAACAACAAUAAUGUUGGUGGAGUUAACAUAAAGGAUGUUCCUUAUCAAGGAAACAAGACCAAUACAAAUGAUAGCUGGAAUGCUUAUGUUGCUACUCUUUUGAGCAACAGGUUUUUAAAUAAUGACAAAGGAGAAAGUUCUAGUGGAAGAAUUGAGAACUUCAACACAUUGUCUCCCCGUGUUUAUCCGACAACAAGUGUGAUCUCAGGACCUAGCAUUAGCCUCCCAGAGUCAUCAUCUCUUGUGCCUCAAUCAAGGAUAAGAAACUUCAUGUCUAGCAUGCCAAGCAAUAAUCUCUCACAAAUUUCUCAUGCGCAUAAGCCAAGGCCAGAAGAUAUUAUUAACCUCUCAGAUUUGUCUCUUGUGUCUCAACAAAGGCCAGAAAACUUCAUUUCUUACAUGCCAAGCAAUAAUCUCUCACAAAUUUCUCAUGCGCAUAAGCCGAGGCCAGAAGAUAUUAUUAACCUCUCAGAUUUGUCUCUUGUGUCUCAACAAAGGCCAGAAAACUUCAUUUCUUACAUGCCAAGCAAUAAUCUCAAACAGAUUUCUCUUACACAAGAGCCAAAUAAUCUCUCACAGUUUUCUCGUGCUCAUGAGCCAAGGCCAGAAGAUAUUAUUAACCUCUCUGAUUUAUCUCUUGUGUCUAAAGCAAGGCCAGAAAACUUCGUGUCUUGCAUGCCAUGCAACAAUCUCAAACAGUUUUCUCUUGCACGCGAGCCAAGACCAGAAGAUUUUGUUAACCUCUCAGACCUGUCCCUUGUGUCUCAACCAAGGCCAAGAGACUCAAUGUAUGCCAUGCCCAGCAAUAACUCUAUUGAUCCAUCUCUUAUGCCCCGUCCAUGGCAAGCAAACUCCAUGUAUUGCUUGAAUUCCACAAGUGUAUCUCCUUUGCCACUACCAAAUCAAGGAAUGUCAGUUUCAAGCACAUCGGACUCGUCAUCCAUGAACCAUAGUACUUCCACAAUGUUGCAUGGAAUUCAUGAUCAGGUCCUGCACAAUGCUACACCAUACACUCCAUUUGACAUGCAAGUACAGAAUCAAUAUUCCUCAUAUUUUCAGCUGGAUGAAACAAGUGGUGGUUGGAGACAACGCUUAUAACUUGUUUGGAAAUGCUUUUGACACACAUUUGCAAUGAAAAGUCAUGUCUUUGCCCAAGCAAUCAAGUACUUAAUUUUGAAGUUUAUAUUGUUGAAUGUGAUAAGUUGCAUCCCGGAAUUAUUUCGAGACAUAUCCUAUAUCAACUUUAAUAACAAAGACAACUAGACCACCUGUUCAGCGUAUCUUGUUUUUAGCACACA